AUGCAAAAGGAAGCAUAUCUAGCAUCACUGUCAGCAGCAGCAACUCACCACAAUGCGUUGUAUGGGAUUAAUGCCACUUCGCUUCCUCCAUUUCUAGACAACACCCAGUGCUCUCCUCAUGGCAUUUCGCCCUUUAGUCUGGUUAAACAGGAGCCUAGAGAACUAUCCUACCCAGAAAAAGCACCUAAACAGUCUAUCGACAGGAGAACCGGCGGUUUUAAACCAGACCUGGAUAUAAAUAGAGGAAGCAGAGAGAUACAGCCUUCGUUGCCCGCCUCGAUGGGGAACCCCCAGAGCUUCCAGAUAAAAGAAUCAAAACUGUCACCAUCAAUUACAAACGGAACAUCCUCAAAAUUAGUUACAAAGGGAAUCAAUUUAAGUGCCUCCACGAAUAGUACCAGCCAGCAGAAUCUACACAAGUCGUCCAGACAUAUGGCGACAAAUUCUUCUUCAUCUGUGAGACACAAUUCAGAAACUGUUAGAUCUAAAUGCAUCAGCCCCUCUAAUAAGCAGACUUCGCAAUCAUCAUCCUUGUCCAGGAGCACAGUUAAUUCUAGCUCCAAAAGAAGUGUUUCUAAGACAUCUUUAAAUGCAAGUAAACAUACGAAAUCAGCAUCUUUGGGGCACGCUUCUUCGGCAAGCAGCAACGCAAGUCUGCCAUCCUCUACCAUCUUACGGUCUGAAGCAGCAGUCGUUAGUGUUCCUACGCAUCCCUCUGCUCCCAUUCCAUUAGCAACAGUUCAGCAUGAUGGCGUCGUUUUGUCUGCAUUGGCUUCGCCGUCUUCUGCUGCUGCUUCUUUAGCCUCUAUAAAACCAGCAGUAUUGAAGCAGCAGGUGGACAGUCAGACCAGGACAUCGUCUGGAGACAAGGAACAUGCAGAUAACGGACAGUCAGUAUCGGAGGCAAACACAUCCAGUGGUCUUUCACUCACGUCUGUGAACUUUCAGCAUACCGUAUCCGAGAGUAAACUAGGUGCAGAAGAAAACAGACAGACAAUCUCUUGUGCUAACAAAACCAGCUACUCUGUAAACAGUGAUCAGAAGGAUAAACCGAAAGUUCUUUGUGAUGAUGGAUCGGAUAUAAUUGUAGACUCCACAGAAAACGAUGAUUAUCCCGAUACUGCCCGAUCGCCAAACAAAUCUGACCAGGACCGAGCUAUCGAAGAGACAAUAGAAAUAGUGGCUUCGGGAGGGGACUCUUUCACGAGAAGUGGCCCAGAAGCAGCGGCAUCGCCACAGUCUGUGAAAACUUCCACAGAUGCAUCGAUGACAUCAACACUGCUUUCUGUAACAAGGACAAGCCUCUCGUGUGUUGUCACCUCUUCUGGAACAUCGAGCAAUACACGGACGAUAUACGCCAAAACACAGUCAGUGCCUUCAGUUACAGUUUCAGGUUGUGUUCAGCUUUCAAGUUCGAUCACGAAAUUGGCUUCUGCUUCGGCUCUCCCAUAUUACCACACACUGUACAGCAAACCGCAGGGCGUAAAGCGUGUACAUGCCACAACUUUCGUUCCCGAAGUCGGUGUUUUUAAAGGGCCAUCUAUUAAAACCGUGAGGAAAACAUCAUCAUCCCCAUUGUCUUCAGGAAACAGGGCACUGUCUCCAGAAAUACGAUCCAGAUUAGAUCCGAGGUUAGUCCUGAACAUCCAGUCGCUGCCAUCGGAUAGUCACUGCAGAGUUCGUGAUUCAUCGCGGUCUCCCUCAUUGUGGUCUCCUUCUCGCGAUCUUGUUUCCCAUAGUUCAUACAGUUUGUCAGCUAGUCCGGGCAUUGCUCAUACUACUACAGAGAUAUCUUCCAGCUUAGACUCGGUCAGUCUGGACUCCACAAGUGUCAGGUCCCAGUCGGUGGCCAGCUUCCGUUCCGUUCCAGAAGGGGACGGUUUAGAUGAUACGUCAGACGAAAUUGAGAGCGACGCAGCUGUCGAUCACAACACUUUCAAUGACCCCCAGAAGGCUGAAAACGGCCAGCCUACUAUCCACACAGACUGCAAUAUUGAAUCCACCGAGUUAGGGGACUUUGGUGAUGACGAUGAUGAUAAUGAGGAAGAGGGCGACGAGGAUGAACAUUUGCCGAAAGAAAACAAUUCCGUAUUGGAUGAAGAUGACUAUUUUAGUGUGUCUACUACUCCAGUUGAUUCUAGUAAAGAAUUCAUGCCCAUAAUAGAAAGUAAAACCAAUGAAACAUACGACAUCCCAAGGAUUAACCUAUCUUCAGCGAAGCCACUGGUAUCUCUAGACAGUCGUGUGAAUCUAGCAGCGUCAGCAUUGAGCGCUAAGCGUUAUUGUGAUACAGCUAUAGACUACAGCUUACCGAAACUGUCAGGUCCAGGUAACAGUUCUACAUCGCACGCUUCCUGCAGCGUGAAUCCCUCCUCAUCAUCCACCUCCACGAGAAUAGUGAGUUCUGCAGCACGAGCCUUUACUCGUUACGAGUCUAGUGGUUUACUGGCAGAUCACUUCCUUUGCAACCCCUCCCCAUCACACAGACGACUGAAGCGAAAUCCAGAUUAUUGCAGACUGCAGGUUUUCGCCCCAACAUCACAGGACGUUGUCCAUAAAGUUAGAGGUCUGAAGAAACAUGGAGAUGGCGGGGUCAAGAGAUGCGAAUCAGCACCGCCCAUCGCGUCCAGGCCCUUUGAGAAAAACCUGAAAGGCACUGUAUUGGCAUCACCAAAUACUUCCAAUGAGAGGGAAUUUCACACACAGGACAAAUCUGACAGCUGUGUUGAGCACUGCCUUGGUAACAAUAUACCAGUUGGAAUCGCUGUGGCACAGAUACGGCGUCAUCAUGGUCAUCAGCCCAAAG